AUGGAAAAAGUAAAUUUAGAGAAGAAUUCUAAAUCAAUUAAGAAUGACAGGGAAUCUGAACAAUUUGUUGAUGUAAUGUAUGCUGUACUAAAAUAUUGUGGCUAUCAUAUUGUUGAUAUCAAUAAAUUUGAUUUUUAUAUAACAAAAACUAAAAUUAAUGAUUCAACAAGUUUAAUUGGAGUACGUUUUUGUUCAAUUCUUGAACAAUUACUGUCUAUGGUUUCUGGGGUUGAUAAUUUAAGGUGGAAUACGAUUUCAAAAAUUAUGACUGAUCGGGGAUUUCUUUUUCCAGUACCUAUGAAAAAUAUAUAUACAACUUUUGAUGGUGAUGUAAUGUAUCAAAGAUAUUACGUUGUGGUAAAUAAAGUUAGUAUUUUUGAUAAUAUAUUUGAUAAAAAUAAAUGUGUGGCUCAUUCAGAUAAAUGUACAGUUAGAGAAUUAGGAAGAAAAUUUGUUUCUACCUAUCAAACUGCUUCAAAUGAAAAGAUAUAUUUAUAUGAUGGUGUAAAAUUAAAAAAACAAAGAUUUAAUGAAAAAAAAGAUUUUCCUAAAAAUAAAAUUUAUGAACAAUUAGUUGAGAAUAAUGUUAGAUAUAGUGAUAUUGCUAUUUUAACAAAGUAUGCAAAACACUUUUCAAGUUAUCCUUUGGAGGAACAAUGUAUCAAAACUAAACAAAAAUUAGAUGAAAUGUGGAAUAUUACUGAAACAAAUUUUAAUCAUAGUAUUACAUGUAUUGAUAAAAUUAAAAUUUUUACUAAAAAUGAAGACAUCUGUACAUAUGAUAAUAUUUUAAAUGCUAUUAAUGAUAUUGGUGGUUAUUAA